AUGCCCUCCCCUUACCCCCGUCCCGAUCACCAGAAGGAGGCGACCAAGGGGAGGCAUGAAAUCCGAUCCGAAUUCCAUGACAUUGAGCCAUCGCAGUUGAAGGCAGCUAAACGUGCCUUCGACUGCUCCCAAAAGCUCCCUGCAACUGUACAGGGAGAGGCCCAACAAGAACACCUGGAUGCCCGGGAAAGGGAGCCUCUGCAUCCUGGCGGGGAUGCAAAAAGCGGCCUCGUGGUGCGCAGCUGCUUUCGCGGCACGGCCGGGGUGGGGUCGAAUUGUGUGGUGCAGUAUGAUGGAAAUGAAAUCAACAAGAAUCCCAAUAUUUUGCCAAAUCUCACUCUUGGGUUCCACAUCUUGGACAGCUACUACGAUGCAAGGAUGACCUAUCAAAGCACCCUGGACCUGUUCUUCAGAGCACAUAGACUUGUCCCCAACUACAAAUGCAAGAGCCAGAAAAAAAUAAUUGCAGUCAUUGGGGGACUCAGCUCUGAGGUAUCCUACCGAGUGGCAGAAAUUUUAAGUCUCUACAAAAUUCCACAGGUGCCACCUGUUUCUGUAUGUAAUGACUUCUGUCUCCCUGGCUAUCUGAAGAGAAGGAAGGAAGGGGAGAAAUUUUGCUGCUAUGACUGUGCUCCUUGCCCAGAAGGGAAAGUUUCAAACCAAAAGGGAAUGGAUGAGUGUUUCAGAUGCCCUGAAGAUCAAUAUCCAAGCAAAGAUCAAGAUCAUUGUAUUCCCAAGAGGAAAAGCUACCUGUCUUUUGGAGAACCUCUAGGGAUUGGUUUAGCCUUGGUAGCAGGUUGUUUCUUCUUCAUCACAGCAUUUGUUCUAGGAACUUUUAUUAAGCACAAAGACACACCAGUAGUCAAGGCCAACAACAGGAACAUUACAUACCUUCUGCUCAUCUCCCUUCUCUUUUGCUUUCUCUGCUGUUUCCUGUUUCUAGGACAACCAAGGAAGGAGACCUGCUUCCUCCGUCAAUCAGCUUUUGGCAUUAUUUUCUCAGUGGCUGUUUCUUGUGUCUUGGCCAAAACCAUCACCGUGGUUUUUGCUUUUAUGGCCACAAAACCAGGGUCCAGUAUGAGGAAGUGGGUGGGGAAAAGAAUGAGCAACUCCAUUAUCCUUUCCUGCUCACUUACUCAAGCAGGCAUUUGUACAGCAUGGCUAGGAAUCUUUUCCCCUUUCCCUCAGUUGGACACACAUUCAUUGAAGGAAGAGAUCAUAGCAGAAUGUAAUGAAGGGUCUGUGACCAUGUUUUAUAUUGUUCUGGGCUACAUAGGACUUUUAUCUCUUAUAAGCUUGACUGUAGCUUUUCUAGCCAGAAAGUUGCCAGACAGUUUUAAUGAAGCCAAGUUCAUCACCUUCAGCAUGCUGGUGUUUUGUAGUGUCUGGGUGUCCUUUAUUCCAAGUUACCUGAGCAUCAAAGGGAAAUACAUGGUGGCCGUGGAGAUCUUCUCUAUCUUAGCCUCCAGCGCAGCGUUACUGACCUGUAUCUUUUGCCCCAAAUGUUACAUUAUUCUUCUGAAGCCUGAGCUAAACAAGAAAGAGCAAUUAUUUAGGAGAAAGGAUUAA